UUUCUCAGCCAAUCAGAGCUGAGAUGCACCUUCGCUGUGGACCAAUCGGAUGCGAGGCCGAUGCCCGCGACGGUUGACCCGGAGGCCGGUUACUCCCGGGCUCGGGCAGGCGGACGUGGGGCUCAGGGGUCGGCGCGGUUGGUCUGCAGCGGGCGAGCCUGGGCUCCGAGCGGCGCGGUGGUGUAGGUGCCGGGGUGGCCGCUCGUCAUGCCGUCCCGGGUGGAGGACUACGAGGUGCUGCACAGCAUCGGCACCGGCUCCUACGGCCGCUGUCAGAAGAUUCGGAGGAAGAGCGACGGCAAGAUCCUGGUGUGGAAAGAACUUGACUACGGCUCCAUGACGGAGGUGGAGAAGCAAAUGCUCGUGUCUGAAGUGAACUUGCUUCGGGAGCUGAAACAUCCAAACAUAGUCCGUUACUAUGAUCGCAUUAUCGACCGAACCAACACAACCCUGUACAUCGUAAUGGAAUACUGUGAGGGAGGGGACCUGGCUAGUGUCAUUACAAAGGGGACCAAGGAUAGACAGUACUUGGAGGAAGAGUUUGUCCUUCGAGUGAUGACGCAGUUGACGCUGGCCCUGAAAGAGUGUCACAGAAGGAGUGAUGGUGGCCACACUGUGCUUCACCGGGAUCUGAAGCCAGCCAAUGUCUUCCUGGACAGCAAACGCAAUGUCAAGCUUGGGGACUUUGGACUAGCUAGAAUAUUAAAUCAUGACACAAGCUUUGCAAAAACGUUUGUUGGCACACCCUAUUACAUGUCUCCUGAGCAGAUGAACCGCUUAUCCUACAAUGAGAAGUCGGACAUCUGGUCGCUGGGCUGCCUGCUGUAUGAGCUGUGUGCGCUAAUGCCUCCGUUUACAGCUUUCAACCAAAAAGAGUUAGCUGGGAAAAUCAGGGAAGGGAGGUUCAGGCGCAUCCCCUACCGCUAUUCUGAUGGCUUGAAUGACCUCAUCACUCAGAUGCUGAAUUUAAAGGACUACCAUCGACCUUCAGUGGAAGAAAUUCUGGAGAGCCCUUUGAUAGCAGACUUGGUUGCAGAAGAGCAGAGGAGAAAUCUAGAGAGGAAAGGACGGCGUUCAGGCGAGCCUUCGAAGCUGCAGGACUCCAGCCCCGUGCUGAGUGAGCUCAAGCUGAAGGAAAGGCAACUGCAGGAUCGAGAGCGAGCACUCAGAGCUCGGGAGGACAACCUGGAGCAGAAGGAACGUGAACUUUGUAUUCGAGAGAGACUUGCAGAGGACAAACUGGCCAGAGCCGAGAGUCUGUUGAAGAACUACAGCAUGCUGAAGGAGCACAGGCUCCUGUGUCUGGCUGGUGGCUCAGAACUUGAUCUUCCAUCCUCAGUAAUGAAGAAGAAGGUUCAUUUCCAUGGGGAGAGCAAAGAGAACACCACAAGGAGUGAGAGUUCCGACAGCCACCUCGCCAAGUCCAAGUGCAAGGACCUGAAGAAGAGGCUUCAUGCUGCUCAGCUGCGGGCGCAAGCCCUGUCGGAUAUUGAAAAAAAUUACCAGCUAAAGAGCAGGCAGAUCCUGGGCAUGCGCUAGGCCAGCAAGGCAUGGGGCUGGGUCAGUAUUGAUACUGACAGCCCACUAGAGACCGGUUCUCAGCUGCUGUGGUUUUGUGUGUCUGGUUCUGUGAGUGAACCUUUGUGUGUGGUGAGCAUGGCACUGGGACUGUUUGUGGUCUGCAGGAUGGACUGCCCUCUUAUCCUCUUCUGAUACCCCUGCGGAGCAAGCGCGCUGUCUUUGCUGGCUGGGCUUUUGAGCCUGUGUGUGACUACUAUUUGGAAUAUGAGAUGGGGCACUAUAGAUACUAUAGAUCUUAGGAGAAAAUAGUGUUAGGGCAAGAAUAUUUAACCUGAGGACUCACAGAGGGUCCCACACUGAGUGAUACUGUCUACACUGCAGUUUCCAAGUGAGGCUUCAGCGGGUACAUGUCCUCACCGCUAUGGGAUAUGGAUGGCAGGGCCCACAGGUUUGCAUGUCAGAGGUGUGGGGAGAACUUAUCAGUGUCUGAUGUUACAGGGAGAGACCCAGGCUCUGGCCUGACAGCCUAGUGAGAAGCCACUCACCAGCAUUCCCGUUCCAGGAUGCUCGUGCUCCACAGGUUAGACAUGGAGGGGAGGGAAAGGGCUGAAGCUCUUACCUUAGGGAAGCUCAUGCCAGCGCAGCGCCCAGUGGGUGCAGAGGAGGCUGACUGACAGGGGCAAAGGUCAUUGGAAUUGUCCCUCAGCAUGCUGCUGUCCUGUAACACAGGCAGGCACUGGAGACAGGAGGCUGCUGAUAGCCCUGAGAGCUCCCUCUCCUGUGUGCAGGGCCUGUCCGCUGCCUGUCUAUAUCUGGCCUCCAGGUCAGUUGAUGACAUUAAGUGCUGUCUGUGCCCUCAAGUAUAAGCUGAACGGUUGGAAAUGCCUCAGAGUCCAUAUAUUUUAAAUCACACAUGUGGUCUUCAAACGUUUAAUGUUGGAGAACGGUCUUCAGAAAGUUGGUCUGUUUAAGGCGACUGGGUUUCCAGGUCUCCUUAGCUAUCUGUCCACAGUCCCUUGAGACAGCUUCAGAAAAGAACAGUGUGCAGUAUGCGUUAUUGAGGGCCACGUGCGCCUUCACCUGUGUGAGGGCCACAUUGCUCUUUUCCUACAGUUUCCUGAAGACCUCAGCAGAAAGGGGGUUUAUUUGCCCUACUAAGUACUGUUGGCUGAGAGGGAUGGUCAGAAGCAUUUUAAAGCCAUUUGUUUCAUAGCUAAACACACAGACAUUUUAAAAUUCUAUGUCCUUGACUUUCUGGAGCUAUAAUAGUCUGCUUGGGUGCGUCACUUGCCAGGGUUGACUUUCCUAAUGCUUUAUGUAACCUCUCUGCUGUUGGCACUUGCAGCCAUAGAAGCUGUGCGAGGGAUUUCUUACUGUUAGAGCACCUGGAUCUCUUGCAGAUGCAAUGCCUGGGACCUAUUGCAACUUUGAGUAGCAGCUUGGAAUUUUAAAAUAUGGUGAGGCCCUUCUCUGCUGUGAAGGGCCUGACCAUCUGCCAGGAGGGAAGUCCUGUUAAAAACUGGAAACUCAGUGUGGUGGUUUUCUGCCUUUUCUUUCUCCUUUGGUUUAUAAUGAUAUUGACAUAACAAUACAAAAUAAAAUCUGUGUAUAUAAAAAAUUCUAAGAUGAGGUUUUAAAUGUUCUUGAAUUUUAGAAAAACUUAAUUGGAUACAACUGUUUAUAAUUAACAAGUCAUCUUAUUUAUAAAUUUUCCAAUAUAAUAAAAGUCUAUUUUGUGGAAAUUGA